ACACUCUCCCCAAUCCUCCAUUCAUCCCUCCGGCCAACACACCAACGACCAUUCGCCAUGAGUCACAGCAAAGGAGAAAUAUCCGAAGAACUAGUGAUAUAUGACCAGGAGAAGGGUACCCUAACCCUAAAACCCCGAGCUCUCGACAUCACCUGGGGCGCCGAUCCCACAUACUGGAAAUUCUCUUCUACCGAUCCCACCAGUCCCGCAGAGCUGCUCCAGGUCUGCUGGCUGGAGGUGAAAGGCAAGGCUAAACUGAGCUACUUCGUUCCGGAGAAGAGGUAUGCCGUCAAGUUCAAGGUGGAGCUGAAGCCGGACAAUUUCGGGUGGGCAAAACAGCCGGUCUAUCUGAUGGCCAAGAUUGACCGGAGCCAGCGUUCGUGGAAGAAGGCCGAUCUAAGCAUUAAUCCCCCCGGAACAAAAUUUGAUGUUCCGAUGAAUGGGCUUCUGACUUUCAGAGUUCCCAAGGAUGCGGAUGGGAAGGUGGUUGAGUUUGGCAUGUAUGAGAUCUGGAGGGGGAGGUGGAAGGGAGGUUUGGUUAUUCAUGAGGUGGUGAUUCAGCCGGUUUCUAGCUAGCUGGUGGAUCUGUUUUAGUGCUGCGGCACAGACUAUCAGUUAGGCUUCCAUGCUUGUGAGUGUGAGAUUUUAGUAAAUUAAAGUGGUGAAACAUAUGGUUUGUUGGAGUGAUUUGGUGUUGUCAUGAGUUGAUGAUUGUUUAUGAUAAAUAAUAGAUUGAUUGGAAUAAAUUGUAGAUGGGAGUUUUUAUUCUGCCUCACUCUUGUAUUGAUUUGUGAGCCGAUUCGUACGCGGGUCUAUGACUCGACGGAUCAGUUUGCAUGU